GAUCGUCUGGAGGAGGGAUGUAUGAAAGAUGAGUUGAAGUUUUUUCCUUCCUCACCGCUUUAGCGUGGUCUCCUUCUCUAUAUAAGGUACUGAGCCGCUCUGAAAUCUCAAGUCACUAAGUUUCUCUUUACCCUCUAGGACCGAUUUAGAAGAGGGAAAAUACACCAACGGUGCAGUAGACAGAUUGAAACCUUGAAACUCGCGCAUUUUGGAUAAUUGCCGGAUAAGACAUUUAUUUAGCGUUGUGUCUGCAGAGCCCAAGACCAGAGUUUACACAAGGCAGCUCACUGUAGUGUGCCUUCAGCCAUACAGACAGACUCCCAGAGACCCAUCUCACAGACUGGAGAUGACUGCUGCUAUGCCCAACUGGCUCUCGGCCCUCACCUUUGCCUUCAGCCUGCUGGUUCUCUCUGUCAAGGACGGAGCGGCCCUUUUCCUGCCCCACUCCAAAGAGUUGCAGGAGUUACUGAGCCGGUACCAGGAUGACCUGAACAGCACCGACAACACAGCAGGCAGUAGGACCCGACGAGCCAUCCAGUGGACAGACCGAGAGGAGAUUCUCCAACUUCACAACAAACUGAGGGGAGGAGUCUACCCCACUUCAUCUAACAUGGAGUACAUGGUAUGGGAUGAUGAGCUGGAGAGGUCCGCCACUCACUGGGCAGAGCAAUGCCAAUGGAAACAUGGACCCGACGACCUGCUCAUGUCCAUUGGACAGAACCUGGCUGUUCACUGGGGCAGGCACCGUUCCCCAGCCUAUCAUGUCCAGGCCUGGUAUGAUGAGGUGAAGGACUACACCUACCCCUACCAACACGAGUGCAACCCCUGGUGUCCCGACCGUUGCUCUGGGCCCAUGUGCACCCAUUACACCCAGCUGGUAUGGGCCACCACAAAUCGCGUGGGGUGUGCAGUUCACACGUGUGCCAGGAUGAACGUGUGGGAGGAGAUCUGGGAGAAUGCUGUCUACCUUGUCUGUAACUACUCUCCCAAGGGAAACUGGAUCGGAGAGGCCCCGUACCAACAUGGCCGCCCCUGUUCCCAGUGCCCUCCCAGCUAUGGAGGAGGUUGCAGGGACAACCUCUGCUUCAAGGACACGCAGCGUUCAGAAACUGAGGACAUGAACGAGGUGGAGAAGGCGCAGGUUCCGAUAGCACCCCGCACCACCACCGCCAAGCCUGUCCCUAAAUUCAGACCCAAACCUGCUUCACCCAAGAAGCCAGCUGGUCCCAAACCCUCCACUCCUAAAGCUCCAAGCAGCACUUUCCUGGUUCAAAACAUCAAGUGUGAGACCAAAAUGCGGGAUAAAUGCAAGGGAGCGACCUGCAACCGAUUCAACUGCCCUGCUAAUUGCCAGAACAAGAAGGGGAAAGUGUGGGGGACACUCUUCUACGAUGUGCAAUCAAGUAUCUGUCGUGCUGCUAUCCAUUAUGGUGUUCUUGAUAACAGUGGUGGUGUGGUGGACACUACAAGGAAAGACAAGUUUCCAUUCUUCGUCAGGGCCUUCAAGAAUGGCAUUGAUUCAUUCAGUAAAUACAAAGCUGGCAAUGCAUUUGUGGUGACCAAAGUGGAACGACAGUCAGUGGACUGCUAUGCCACUGUGGCUGAGAUCUGCCCCUUUCAGAAGCCGUCCUCUAAUUGCCCAAGAGUACACUGUCCGGCCAACUGCCAGAACGAGCCGUCCUACUGGUCACCUGUGAUUGGGAACGUUGUCUACACAGAUAGCUCCAGUAUCUGUCGUGCAGCCAUUCAUGCUGGGGUCAUUAAAGCGACUGGGGGCUAUGUGGAUGUCCUGCCCCUAGAUAGGAAAAAUCGCUAUGUGGGUGUUCUGAAGAAUGGCAUCCAGUCAGAGAGUAAGAGCAAUACAGAGGGCGGUUCGUUCCGUGUCUUCGCUGUGAGGGAGUGAGUCUCCAUCCCAGGGCCUCCCACUCAUUGGUUCUGGGACAAACAGGGUCCAGCCAUGUUCUGUCGAAGGGCAGGAAGUGCCCUCAGGUUCAAUGCCAUGGCAACUUCUACCAUCAUGUCCCCCACCCUGGGAGGAAGACGAAUUUCCUACUGGACCAACAGACACUUCUCCCUCAGCUCUCUGCUAGGUCCGUGGCUAACAUUACAAAGGAUUCUGUCUUUUUCUGUUCUGCUUACCUUUGUAAAUCCACAUGUGGCUAUGUUUGUAAGAUACACAACCGUUAACAAAAUGAUGUAUAAUAUCAGAGACGAAUAAAACAGCUGGUGCUGGGUUUUAAUGUCUUGAAAUGUAUUUAGAUUUCCAAUCAGUCAUAUAUUGGUUAAUUUUUUAUGUUCUUAAUACAAUUUAAAUAUUUGUCUCCAUAUGCAGGAAUGUAUAUUGAUCACACUGUAUUUGAUCAUUUUGUACAGAUUUGAUCCUUUCUUAAAUGGGUAUGUAGACAGUUUUUUUAAAAUCUGUUUAUAAUGUAUUUUAUAGCUUGUCUCUACUUUCUAGUCCAUUUAUUCUUUUAUCCUGGUCUUUUACAUUUCUAGAAGUUAGGCCAUGGUGCUUGAGUUAGGAGAUGGUCUGUGUUUGGCAUGCUGGACGAGCUCACACUGGACAGGCAGUGUAUGGGCUGUGUAGGAGUGGAAAGGGAAUGGGGGAGGAGAGGAGGGCAUACCUCCAAGGAAAAGAAACCUUUCCUGCAUACAGCUGGUAUGGCUUCCAGUGUCAAUAAUGUGCAGACGAUCUGGUAACAAUGUUCUGUCCACGGUGAGCUCAGGAAGGCAGUGGGUGCGUGUGUGGGCAGGGCCUCCAAAAUGGUGGCAGUUCUAUCUCCGUCCAAGGACAUUCACAGAUGAAUGAUGUUCUUGUUUGAUAAAUGAUUCUCUAUUUAUUAUAACCCUUCCUGUCUAUUGAAGCCAUUUGUUUUGAUAGAGUAAGAUAAAUACUUGGUAAGUUUAAUUUGUCCCCACCUAAGACGGUUGAAUGUGUGAAAAUAUCGUUUGUAGGAUGUGCGUAGAAGGAGGGUCAUAUACAGUCCAGCAUUUGAAUGGUGUGCCAAAUGUUCCCAUCAGCAGGCUUAGCUUUAGUUAGGGUUGAAGCACUUGGGAAUGAUUUCUAAAAUACACAGGGCAUGGAUCUGUUUAAACCACUCAUACCUAGGGAUGUAAUAAAGACUUACCUAUCCAGGGGGAAGGCAUGCAGAAACACAGGCAGGCUAGAGCUAGUACAUAUCCUCUUAACUGCCUGUUGUGAGAGGAGAGUAAAAACAUGUCCAUGGAUGCUGGGACUUUUGGAUCUCCUAACGGACAUUGGUUGUUUGCUAUCUUCCCCUAGGCUAGACUGGACCGCAGCACAGCCUUUGUUUUAGUUUUCAUUUGUCUCCUUAUUUUCAGGCUACCUCAGUCUUGUCUCUGCCCUAGGUUUAUAGUACAUGGGAGAUGUUAAGGUACAUGUUAAUGGUUUGUACAGCUUUGGAAAUGGUGUGUAAAUAGUUUUUGGUUUGUCUUUUCUGUAUUGCUCUCUAUGUUGUGAAGGUAUCUAGAUUUUUGUUACGUUAUUUUCGUUUGUUUGUGUGUUUUUUUAUAGGCAAUGAAUGGUUUUGUAUUUUUUGCACAAUUUAAAAUUGAUUAAAGUUUGAUAAAAUUAUGCUUUCUGGCUU